CAUUAGGUUGUUACGACCCACAUAAAGAGGGAGGUGGUACAACACGGAUAAACCAACAUUUAUUCGUUCCAGCUCAUGUAUUUCGUUGAACCCGUAUGGCAGUCCCCGCCUCCGUGUAUAAAAGCAAGAAACAAAUAGUACAAUCUGGCCUGGAUUACUGGGAGCACAGCAUUAGCGGAAAUAACCCGCCCAGCUCACUGUCCGUCGCGAACACGCUCAGUCACCAAGCGCCAUGUCAAACGAGGAGCGGACGUUCAUUGCCAUCAAGCCAGAUGGAGUUCAGAGGAGGCUUGUCGGAGAUAUCAUCAAGAGAUUUGAGCUAAAGGGCUUCAAACUGGUGGGGAUGAAAUUCAUCCAGGCCCCAGAGUCUCUGCUGAAGAAGCACUAUGCCGACCUGAAGGACAGACCCUUCUUCCCUGGUCUCGUCAGCUACAUGGCCUCCGGCCCAGUGGUGGCUAUGGUGUGGGAAGGGUUGAAUGUGGUGAAGACCGGCAGAGUGAUGCUAGGAGAGACCAACCCUGCCGACUCCAAACCCGGCACCAUCCGAGGAGACUACUGCAUCCAAGUGGGCAGGAACAUCAUCCAUGGCAGUGACUCCGUAGAGAGUGCUAACACAGAGAUCAACCUGUGGUUCAAACCUGAGGAGCUGUGCAGUUACACUAGCUGCUCCAGCAGCUGGCUCUACUGAGGAGCUGAAGGCUACAAGUUGCCCCCAGGCACAGGUCUAGGAUCAGUUUACCAUCCAUAAACCAUAACCAUCAGCAUUAGAAGGGGGAAUAUAAAUCUCUUCCUGGCCACUGAGGACCACACCACUUCCUGUUCAUCUUCUGUACCCAUCUGUAAUUGGUCCAUCGCUGAUUCCAUUCAUUCCUCCGGACGUACAGUUGUCAUAGUGAAAAUGUUUUUUGUAAUUUGUUCAGCUUUCCAAUAAAAAAAAUCACAACCCCUUA